AUGUCCGCCCUCCGUACCGCGCGUGCGCUUGCUCGCGUCCCCCGCCUCGCCACUCCAUCAAGGACGUUUGCUGCAUCGAGUGCGCUCGCGAAGCAGGCCGAGCCGGUCAACAACACCCCAAUUCCGCUCAAUGCUUCGCCGCAGUUCCCAGCGCCCACCGACCCCUUCAAUCCCGCCUCGUCCAAGGCCAAGCCGGCGGCAGAGUACUCCGAGUCGACGAAGAACCUUGUACGCGGUGUCGCCAAGUUGCUGGGAUACAACAGCAAGGCGUCGACGACGAUCCGCGAAACGGGGCGUAUGAUGCACGGCAUCGUCGGCGCCGUGGAGAAUGAGAGGAGCUUCUGGUAUGACGAGUGCAAGCUGCCAGCAACGUACCAGACGUUCUUCCAGUUACACCUUCUCUACGUUCUGAUUCUCGUGGUGCGUCUGCGUGCGCUCCGCUCGUCUCGGCCCGACACCUCGCCCAUCCCCGAGCCUCUUGAGCCCGGCCCGCCGACACACACCGGCCCCUCCUCGUCAAACUUUACGAUCAGCAAGCCGGCACACGAGACAUACCCCACCGAGUUCCUGAACCACUUCUUCGAACUCGCCGAGAGCCAGAUGCGCAUCGUGCUCGGCAAGGGUGAGCGCGAGCGCGUCAUUCGCAAGUACAUGGACGAGAUGGGCGAGCAGUGGAAGGGUGCUGGGCUGGGCCUUGACUACAUCCUCGGCCUGAGCAUCAGCGACGACAAGGCCGAGCGGGCACUGAGCGACCCCGAGCUUGCGAGCUGGGUGUGGCGCAACCUCUUCCAGAGCAAGGGGAUCGCGCCGGGUGAGGGUGACGAGCUGGCCUUCCCUCCCCAACUUGACAAGGUCGUGUUCUUUGUCCGUCGUGAGCUGGCCCGCCUUGGCGAGAUCAGUGACGCCGACGUUCUCGACGGCAACAUUGGCGAGUGGGGCCCAGUGAACCAGUAA